CCCUCUUUUAUCGUUCCACAAGCGAAUCCACGUUCUUCCUCCUAAGUCCUGACUCGCUGCCUAUAAAUCAAGUAACAUCCUCAAAUUCAAUUUGCAUUUUACACUUGUCCUGGAAAUACACAUCUUCUGUCUGUUUACAUUUGGUGAUCCCAAAAGAGAGAUUAUCUGAACAAAUAUGGGUGCAGCAACUUGCGUAGACAUUCUUCUGGCAAUUCUGUUGCCUCCCCUUGGUGUCUUCCUUAAAUUUGGCUGCAAGGCUGAAUUCUGGAUAUGUUUGUUGCUUACCAUCUUGGGCUAUAUCCCUGGAAUCAUUUAUGCCAUUUAUAUCAUCACCAGGAAUUGAUGAAUUCAUUCCUGGUGGCGAUGGCAAAGCUGUGAAGUAUCAUGUUGAUUAUUGUGUAAUGGAGUGGUUUGUUUUAAGCAUGUUGUGUAGUGUUACUUUUGAAACUUCUAAUGUAUUUAAUUACUAUGAUUUGAUUAGCAUCAUCUUUUUAUAUUAUCAAAUUACUUAAUCUUGCA